AUGGAGUCCAAUAAUGGUAAUUAUAUCAAUAGUCAAGAGGAUUUCGAAAAAUGGAUUCGUAUGGCUACUGAUAACGUGACAAAUAGUUGGGAUUUAGCAUUGAUUGAUUAUUUCUAUGAUUUAUCAUUAUUAAGAGAUGGUGAUGGGAUCAAUUUCCAAAAAGCUAGUGCAACUUUAGAUGGGUGUGUAAAGAUUUAUUCUUCAAGAGUUGAUUCUGCAGUAACCGAAACUGGUCGUUUGAUUAAUGGGUUAGCAACCAGCAAGAGAAAUCAAGCACAAGAUGGAAAUGGUGAAGAUGAGGAAGAAGAAGUUGAACUGGAUCCAAAUGCACCAGUGAAGGAAAGAAGAUCAAGAGUUAAUGUUGCAAAUAAGAAUACAAUAGUAGAUUUUGAUGUGAUAAAGUUCAAAAAGAAUGAUUUAGAAUUAUAUGUUGAUCCAUUAUUUAAAAAGGCAUUGACAGAUUUUGAUGAAGGUGGAUCAAAAAGUUUAUUAUUGAAUAUGUUGAAUAUUAGUGACGAGGGAAGAAUAAUGUUUGAUACUACAGAUUCAGCACAAGGGAAAGCCAUUAAAGAUGAUCCAAAUGAUCAAACGUUACCAGAAGCUUCUGAUCAACCAGAAAAAGAUACACAACAAGAUAACAUACUAGAUGAACUCGAAGAUGAUGAUGAAGAAGAAGCAGGUGAUCAAAGUAUGAUGGAUAUAGAUAAAAGUUUUGCAGAAAUGGAUAUUGAUCAAGAUGAUGAUGUUCAAGACGUAAAUGAAGAUAAAAAACAAGAAAUGUUGGAAUUGGAAGUAAUGAAUUUAGGUAAAAAAUACUUGGGAAAUUUCCAUGAAUCUCUGAUAUGUCCAUCGAUUAAUGAAUUGGAAGGUGUAUUAAGUCAAAAAGUCACAUCUGCAGAACUUAUGGCAGGUUUAGAAAAUGCUAAACUGAUUGAGGAAUCAGACGAUGAAGAUGAUGGUGAUAUUGGUGAUUAUGUUGAUUUUGAUUUUGGUGGUGCUAAUGACUUUGAUGAUCCAGGUAGUUUCCAAAAUGAUUCAAAAUUACCAGCAAAUAAAACUUCAGUGUUUUUUGAAGAUUUUGAUGAUGAAGCUGAUGAUUAUGGUUUAACAAUGAGAGAAUUAUUUAAUGAAAGUAAAGAUUAUGGUGUGACACAUAUAGGAGAAGAGGAACAAGAUUUCAAUAGAACAGUUGCAAAUAUACCCGAUGAAAAUUUAUUAGCAUACUUUGAUCAAUAUCAGAGAAAGAAUUGGGCAGGUCCGGAACAUUGGAAAGUUCAAAGAAUAAAGAAUGCAUAUAAACCAACAUUUAAAAGCCCAUUGAGCAAUGAAAAUAAUGAUGAUCAAGACCAAGAAUCAAGUACAACAAAACAAAAGAAAAAAACAAAAGAACAUGUAACGAUAGAUUUCUUAUCAGAUGAUUUCCCCGAUGAAUCAGAAAUUUUCCUGGAAGGAAGUGCUGGUCAAAAUCAGUUACCAAUGGACAAAAGAGAUGCAGGAGAAGCAAAACAUCAGUUGCCAGAAGAUCAUCAUUUUUCAACUAGAAAUUUCAUCUAUUUAUUUACAAAAGAAAAAUUAAUUACUAGUGCAUUCAAUAAAGUUACCAAUCUCGAUCAACCAAUUGAUACAACCCUUUACGCUGAUAAUAUAACGUUAAAUUUGGAUAAUCAACCUGAGAAUGUUAAUGAUGCAAAUUUUUAUAAUGAUCAUGGACCUGAUAUUGAUUUUGACUUUGAUGAUGCAAAUGAUGAUGAUGAAGGAAAUGCCAUUACACAAAGUCAAGAACUCAUAGGAUCUCAACUGCUGGCAAAAUCACAAGGUAAACAAUCACCAUUAAGUUAUUCAAGAGUUGCUAAAAGGGUUGAUAUUAUACUGUUAAAAGAUAACAUUUGGGAUUCUUUACAAAAAGAAAGAGCAUCUAGAGAAUCGAUAAGAUUAACAAAUGUACCAGAAUUAUCAAAUUCAUCAACUGAUACAUCUACAUCUUCUGAACCUGAAGAAAAUCUGAAAUUUACUGAAAUUAUUCAUGGAUUAAAUGGUAAAUAUGAACCUGAAGCUAAAAAAGACUUAUCAACAAGUGUUUGUUUCAUUGCAUUGUUACAUCUUGCAAAUGAAAAUGGUUUUACAAUAACGAAUACAGAAGAUAAUACAGAUUUGAUGAUCAAUAGACUUAUAUGA